AUGGUGCCCGGCAGCUGUCACUCUCCCACGCUGGCAUCACGGGCUUUCCAUCUCUUUCAGGACCAGAACAGCAGCAGGGUGCUCGGUGAAAAGGUGAUUGGCAUCACCGUGGGGAACACCUCCGUAUCGGGCCUCCCACAGGACGUGGUCCUCAAAUUCUUUCAUGUCCAGCUACCGAGGAACGUGACUCCACAGUGCGUGUUCUGGGACGUGAACUCCAGCCCUGGCCAAGGCAGCUGGAAAAGUGAUGGCUGUGAAACAGAGACGGGUAAUAACCAGACAGUCUGCCGUUGCAACCACCUCACCUAUUUUGCUGUGCUGAUGAUGUCCUCUCCAGAGAUAGAUUACAUCCACAAGGAGUACCUGACGAUUAUCACCUACAUUGGCUGCAUUGUCUCAGCUGUGGCUUCCCUCUUCACCAUCUUCUUCUUCUGCUGCUUCAGGAGGAAGCACAGAGACGGCACCGUAAACAUCUACAUUCACAUGAACCUGCUGGGGGCCAUCUUCCUGCUGGACGUGAGCUUCCUCAUCACUGAGCACUUGGCCUACAUCGGCAGCGAGGCAGCCUGCAAAGCCAGCGGCAUGUUCCUGCACCUCUCUCUGCUGUGCUGCCUGACCUGGAUGGGCAUUGAGGGCUACAAUCUCUACAGGCUGGUGGUGGAGGUCUUCAACACCUACGUGGAGCACUUCAUUCUCAAGCUCUGCCUGGUGGGCUGGG